AUGGCGGCAAGAUCGCCAUUCCUUGCGUUGCAAAACGUCUUAGAGAGGCGCGUUUUCACUAAAUCUUCGAGAACUUUCAGCUCUGGAAAUCAAUUGGGAAAUGAGAAAGGUACUUCGAUCGAAAAAAAGCUGUUGGAAAUUUUGGUCUGUCCCUUAUCAAAAAAGCCACUAAGGUAAGGAAGAAAAUCCUGCGUUCAAAACUAUAUUUAGGGCCAUCCUAUUUAAUAUACACCCCGGCCCCCCGUUGACGAAGGACUUUGAAUUUUCCUAACCGUCGGAAAAUUCGCUCUAUGAGUCUAUUAGCCUUAAGAAAUUUUUGCUUUUCCGCUUCUUACCCUCAGAAGAUCUGGCCUCAAAUCUUACAACCUUAAGAAAUUUGGGUGUCUUGAAAUCAAAGACCGGUAAGACCCCCGACCGAAUGACUCUGAACUUUAUUGAUUAGGGUUAGGAAACUGAGUGAAUCAGGUUCCACUUAAGUCAUUAUACUGGACAAACUGACCUGAAAGUUGAUUAACUCAAUUUCCUAACCGUAAAGAUUAACAAUAAAUUUCAGAGUCAUUCUGUGAGGGAUCUUAGGGGGUCUUUGUUUUCAAGACACCUCAGAAAUUUUUGCUUUUUUGCCACUUUCCCGCAGAAAAUCUGGUGUUCAGUAGUACAGCCUUCAGAAAUUCCAUGUUUUUGUUUACCUCUUCAGAAAAUUUUGUCAACAGCGGAGGGGGGUGUAUAUUAAAUGGAAAUGGCCCUUAUCAGCUAUUUAAAAUUUCUUAGACUAACUAUGCUCCUUUAUUGUUAUGUCAUAGCUAUGACCAGUAAUGUAAUAUAAAUUUGAUUACUGUUAAGUGAGUGUAAUAAGACCGUAGACCCCAGUGAUUCUAUGUUUAAAUUGUUGGGUUGUUUUCGUUCACAAAUAAUCACAGGUUAAAGUGUUGAAGAACAAAGUCAACAUCCAAGUCCUCUUGGUUGACAGACAUCUUGUAACUUACCGGUACUUUAAACUCUUUUUUCAAGAAAAAGAGAUUUAGAGAUGAGAAAUGAGCGAGUGCUUUUGAGAUUUUGGUCCGUAUAGCAAGUUACCAACUGCAAAUUGACCAAUCACAUGGCGAAAACAGACUUAGCCAUAUAAUGAUAGUGCUUACACAAGUCUCUAACCCAAACUAAGUGUUGCAAAACCUUAUAAUAGCUCUGUAAGAUAAUAAAAUAAUGCGUGUUGAUUUUAAUUAUGAAUAUCUAAUUUGAAUGUCAGAUAUGAGAGUACAACAAAUGAACUGAUUUCAGAUGAAAUUGGUGUGGCAUUUCCAAUAGUGAAUGGCAUUCCAAAUCUUAUUCCCCAUGAUGGACGGCUUUUAAAGAAGGAUGGCCCAACUUCAAGUAAAAGUGAAACAGACGAAAACUAGAAUGAUGCAACUCUUUCAGAGAGCUAGAUUAGUCCCAGACGGUCAUUGGCUGGAGAAACU